UGAUCAUACAGAAAAUGAAUUGAUGAGUAACAGUAACAGUCCUCUACCACUUCACACUCUCUCUCUCUCUCUCUCUCAAUCUCUUCAAAUCCCACUUAUUUUGGCAACAAUUUUUCCUACCCCACCAAAUACAAAAAUCAUCAUCACCAACACCUAUUGAACAAAAUAAGAAGCACCCUCAAAACUAAAAAACAGUGUAUCCCUUUGUCUUUGUCCUUUGUAUAUCCUUUAAAAGAUAAUAAAUAUAUCAACAUCACAAAUUUGAAUCUUUACAAAAACAAAAAACAUGGAAGAGGUUUGGAAAGACAUGAACUUGGCUUCAUUGAAUGAACAAAACACACGACCCGUCACAAUAACUAAUCGUUCCAAUUUUGGAAAUGCAAUCCUUCAAGAUUUUCUAACUCGACCUUUAGAUUCUUCUUCUUCAUCUUCUUCUUCUAAUUCUUCUAAUUCUUCCUCUGUUGUUUCUGAAAAUGUUUCACUUUAUUGUCCUGUUUCUUCUUCAUCGACCCCACCACUUGUAACUGCUUUAAGUUUGAAUUCUCGUCCUGAUUUUCACGUUCACCCUCUCAUCAUACACAAGAAUAAUUCACAGUUACUACAUCAACAUCAGCAUCAGCAUCAGCAUCAGCAUCAGCAUCAGCAUCAACAACAGCAUCAUCGUCACAUCAAUGCUUCAAAUGUUUCUUCUUUUGUUAAUCCUUCACUACCACCGUUUGAUCGGAAUGUUGGGUCUGCAUCGAAUUCUUUCACGUGUUUUGGAAAGAGGUUUGGUGAACCACCUGAUGUUAGUCCUGUUGAAAGAAGGAAUAAGCGUAUGAUCAAGAAUCGUGAAUCUGCUGCACGUUCUAGAGCUAGAAAACAGGAAAUUUUUGCUCUUUAUUUUCUCUUUUAUUACCAAAAUUGCAUUGCAUUGUACAAUUGUGGUUUUAACUAGUCAAAAUAACAUUCUCAAUAAUGUCAUAGUUUCAUAGUUUUAUGUUUUUUAAUGUUCAUAAAAUGUUUCAUGUUUUUGUAAUUUCAGGCUUACACUAAUGAACUAGAGCAAAAAGUUCAAUUAUUGAUGGAAGAAAAUGCAAGACUCAAAAGACAUCAAGAAGAGUUAUGGGAAGCAGCAAGUGGUCAGCAAAAGAAGAAGAACAAUUUAUAUCGAACAUUAACAGCUCCAUUUUGAGAGUAACAACUAUCUUAACUAAUUGUGGUCCAAAAUUAUGUUACACUUUUAUGACUGAAUUUGUGGUUAUGACUUUUCCACGUUUUAGUUAUUAAGGUAGUAGUUAAAGGGGAAUUAGGUUGUGUAUGAAAAAAAAAAAAAGAAGAAUGUGGUUUUGCCAUUCCAAGCAAGUGCUUCAACGUGGAAACUUAA